AUGUCUUGUCUCUUCAACUGUAAGACCCAGGCCUACAGCCAAAUGGUUCAACUGUUUGGAAGUCUUGCCAAGGGGAGUCCUUACUGUGGAGAUACUUUAUCCUUUGGCACACAAAAAGGAUGGCUUGCUGUUUGGCAAUGGGAAUCCAGCACAGAUCAGUUUGCAGAAAUACAUGCCAAAGUUGUAUCAGACAGUGCUGGUAUAAUGUGCUUAGCAGCUGAUACAAAUGAUCACAAAACAAGUAGCUACUGCUUAGCUCUUGGCACACAGAGCAUAGUAUGCCAGAUAUGGAUCAUCAAGAAAACUCAUGUAAAAAACAUUGUAUCAAUUCGAUUGGACAAUACAAUACCAAGAUCUGUCAUUUUUUGCAGCAAUUCAGAACACAAUCUGUAUGUUUUUGGUACAAUCAACAGACACAUGUUGACUGUAACAGGCAAGGAUGGCCAUAUCUCAGAAUAUUACAUACUCUUCACACACAUCUUUAUACAAACUCUGGAACAUGCUGAAGAAGAUAAAGUCCUGGUUGUAGGGAGUGACAUAGGCAUUGUCUAUGUAUUUGACGUUGAGACAAGGAAGAAAGUCAAGGUACUCUAUCAUUCAGAGAAUGCAUUUGUACAAAGCAUUACUACUCAUACAACUUCUGAGAGCAGUUACAUAAUAUGUGGAUUGACAGACAAAGACAAGGAACUGUUUGUCUCCUUAUGGAUAAAAAGCAAUCCUAGCAAACCGAUUAUUGAGGACCUCUAG